GUUAAAAUAUGGACACACAAAGCAGCAAAGAGGAAGAAGCAAGGGCGAUGGCGAUGGCGAGGGCGAUCGGCGAGGGAGAGUGCCGUAGAUUUUUCUAGGGAUUCACUCGGUUGAUCGAUCGAGCGUGUUGGCGCGGCGUGCCCUGCGAUUGCUUCUCCGGCGGCAAUCUUGUGUUUUGGGGGAUUCGGCGAGGCAUCCUGGGAUUUCUACGGCACUCUAGCCGACCCUAGGGAGCAAGAAAGCGCGUCAGCGCCAGGAAUGCGAGCUCUUCUUCUAGGUCUGUGUGACGAUCUGUGCUGAGCGCCGGGGUAUCGGACGGGAGAACACGAAAUAUUUCGGGAAGAGAUUGGGGAAAGAAUGGAGGACCAUGUCGUUCUGGAUGUAGAUCGGCUUUCCAGCUCCCCCGGAGCUUCUACCGCGUCGCCAGAUUCAUGCGCUGCUCAAGAACACAAGCCGCUGCUCUCAUCCGCCAGGGCGCUCCAGCAAUCGCCCCAGAGCGAGCACGUCGUCAUCUUCUCGCCGGCCAGCGAGGAGGAAUACGUCGAGGGCGGCGGGGGUUUCGUGGUCAAGAAGGGCAAAACCAUUGACGACGACCUCGCAUCGUUUGGAGGAGCCACGGGGGUGACUGUGGAAUGUAGAAUCUGCCAGGAGGAGGACGAUGUGGGAAAUCUGGAAGCUCCAUGCGCGUGUUCUGGCAGUGUCAAGUACGCGCACAGAAAGUGUGUCCAGCGCUGGUGUAACGAGAAAGGCGAUACAACAUGUGAGAUUUGUCAAAAGCCAUACCAGCCUGGGUAUACAGCUCCUCCUCGUCCUGUGGAACCGGAGGGAACCCCGAUUGAUUUGAGUGGCAACUGGGGUAUCACUGGUCCUCAUCAGCUCGAUCUACGGGACCCCAGGAUCCUGGCAAUGGCCGCCGAAAGGCACUUCCUUGAUUCGGACUACGACGAAUACGCCUCCGCCAAUGCAAGCAGCGCUGCCUGUUGCCGAUCGGCCGCCCUCAUCUUGAUGGCCCUUUUACUGCUUCGCCACGCUCUGGCGAUGGCAUCCUCUGGCGCUGACGAUGACACAUCGGCGCUGUUCACUGUAAGUCCGAGUCUAUCCUUCUCUCCAUGUGGAAGUACUAACAUAUAUAUAUAUAUAUAUAUGUAUAUGUUCUCUCCAUGUGAAUUGGUCCAGCUAUUCCUAUUGCGAGCAGCGGGAUUCCUUUUACCCUGUUACAUCAUGCUCCGGGCGCUGAGCAUCCUACAACGACGUCGCCAGCAGCAAGAAGCCACAAUGGCCGAAGUCGCGAUUCUUAUACAAGCCGGGCAAGCAGCCAGGAAUGGCCAGUUCCCUCCCGCUGUUCCACCACCACCGCCACCACCACAAUCAUCAGCAUCCACUAUCCCGGUUCCAGCAGCAACUUGAUCAUCGAAAAGUCGAGAAGAGCUCACGAGAACACGCCGCGCGCUCUCCAGCUGCUUCUUGCGAGUCCCAUUCGACCCCGUUGCCAGCGAGAGAGCUCUACACGAUCACCAUCACUACCAUUAAGUUCCAAGCUCUAUUUGUAAAUAAGAAAAGGCCGCAAUACCUUGGGAGGAGAUCAACAGCAAGGAGGGAGGAGGAGACGUAUCGUCUCUCCUAUCCCUUUGGGUCUCCUUUUUAAAGUUGAGCUUCAUUCUCUCUCCUGUCCCAUGGGGAGGAAAGCUGUCUGAGCCGUGCAUUGGGCUUUAUCAAAAGAAAGAUUAUUUUUUUCUUC